AUGUCUGUCCAGACUAUACGCUCUAUUCUCGGUGCGCCCUCAACGCCACCGACGAUCGAUGACUCGAUUCUCCUCAUCAUUGACGCCCAGAACGAGUAUGCCGCCGGCCUUUUGAAGGUUGCCCGUCUAGAAGAGACCAACACGGCCAUCAAGGCGCUGCUGAACCGCUACCGUAAGGCUGGCAGCAGCGUCAUCCACGUCGUCAUGGACGUGCCUGAGGGAGCACCCAUCUUCACGCCCGGCACGCCUCUAGCUGCGAUCCUAGACGGGCUUGAGCCGGCCGAGGACGAGCAGGUGGUGCAUAAGACCCACGCAAGCGCUUUUACCGGCACUAACCUGCAGGAGCUUCUGGUAAAGACAGGCAAGAAGAAGCUGUCUGUCGUCGGUAGGGUGCCACUCCACUGUCCAUACUGGACAUCCAGUGCUGACAGCCCAGGCUACAUGGCCCACAACUGUGUGUCUGCCACGAUUCGCGUGGCUGCCGAGCUUGGAUACGACGUCUACGCCGUCCGUGAUGCCAUUGGCGACCGUGACAUUCCCGGUGCCACGGCUGAGGAGCUUGUUCGGGUUUCUCUUGCCGAGGUGGCAGAUGUUGUGUCUGUCAUCGUCGAGUCCAAGGACAUCCGGUAG